UAAAGGUGCCUAUACCCUUUAAAAAGAGUAAUAAUGGGACCAGGCAUUCAAGAAUAUCCCUUAUUACUGCACAGAGAGACACAGAAAAAGGAAAGCCAAAUCAAUGAAAACCACAAAGGAAUGGUAAAUUACAAUAAUGGAAAAAGCCAUCCGAGCACCAAAGGACUAAAUAAACCAAUUUCUCAUGUGAAAUCUUCUCCUGGAAGAUUAGGCAAAAAUGUAUCAAGCGCCACUGAAAAGAUUUCCCAUGACACUCAAGAUGGUAACCAAUCAAGUAUUUUUAAGAAGGGAAGAAACCAGCUGGAUGACAAUACCCAGUCAAAAAGGAUCACGAGUGUUUGCACGUCACUUCACAGAGUACAGGGACCAAAGAUGAGUCUCCCAGAAAGAAGGCAAAAUGAAUCUUUUCUGCACAGGAUCCCCCCUACCAUAAAGGGCAGCACACAAGGUAGCUUCUGUAGGGUUAAAGAUGUCCCGAUGCAACAUUUUUAUGGCCAUAAAAAAGAACAGUUGGAAAAGAAUCAUGAAGAACAUGUUGCUGAAGCUGGUCCAUGCUCUUCUAAAUGGCAAGAAGCAUCUGUAGAUGAAAUGUUUCUUGAUUUUGAAUCAGUACAAAUUAUUAAAGAAGAUGCUGAAGAUGAUAGUGCCAGUGAUCUCUCUGAUUCAGAAAGGAUUCCCAUUCCCCCAUCUCCUUGCACACCACCAGAACUCAUUCUCAGAGCCGAAGAAAUUGAUCCAGUUUGUUUGGAGCAUGUCCCUGAUAUGGGUUUUAAAGAAUCAGAAUAUUACUACCCAGACUUCCUCCCACCCCCUUUCAACUCAUGGGACUUGAAGCAACUGGCCAUCUUUGUUAAUGUAGAGGGUAAAACUGAAUUUCGACCAAAGCCAACAGGAUUUCUUGAGAAAUACAUUGAUCGCCUUUUGCAGCUGGAAUGGCUGCAAAUGCAGACUGUACAGAAUGAGAAAGGAAAGGCAGCCAAAGCCAGGCCACAGACUGCUCCCGGCUCCAUCCGUACCCUAAAAAGCCCUGGCAAAGGCAAAGCGUUGCUCAGUCCUUUGCCUAACAAGCAAGUGGUUCCCCAAGAAAGUGUUGCAAAGCUGCCCAGAAGCUAUUCAGGUCACAGGGGAGAUGCGUACUGUGAAGAAAGUCGCCAGUUAUAUUCUCAUCCAGGUCACUUGAAACUUUCUGAGAGAAUGGGAUGUGCAGUGUCUUCUCAAAGACAAUCUAGUGAAGUAAGGAGUGAACUGAAAAAAAAACCAACUGCGAAGCAACAGCUUCUCAAUAUGCAGCCCUCCGAGAACAGUUCUAAAAUUCAAAGUGUUGGUAAUAUCAGACCCCCUAAGCAAACCCCAGUAUGUCAUGGUUCAGCUGCUCCCAUCAAAGGCUUAAAAACAUACGCGUGUACAAAUCCAAAGAAAAAUGGCAAUGCCAACAAUUAUGUUCCUUCUAAAAAACCAACAGGGGACAGGAAAAUAAAAACAAAUGGCACGAAGCAAACAUCACGCAAAUUUAAAUGAAGAAAAACUCAUAAGUAAAUGUUGAUGCUUCUUGACUGCUA